GAGGGAUGCCCGCCGGGUAUGGAGGAGGUGGAGUGUGCCAAUCGCUGCCCCAGGCGUUGCUCGGACUUCCAGCAGGGAAUCGUCUGCCUGGAUGGAGAUGGCUGUGAGCCGGGCUGUAGGUGCCAGGCAGGAACGCUGGAGCAGGACGGCCGGUGCGUCACCAUGGCGCAGUGUGAGUGCACAGACAGCAGGGGGCAGGAGCUGGACGGCACAGAGCUCCCUCCAAGAGGACUGCAACAACUGCACCUGCACUGAUGGACGCCUCUCCUGCACCAACCUCACCUGCACCACCGCCGACUGCAGCUGGAGUCAGUGGUCCACCUGGUCUCAGUGCUCCGUCACCUGUGGGAGUGGCCAGCAGACCCGUAUCAGGACCUCCACGUCGGGCUCACAGAGGGAGCAGUGCCGGAAUCCGGAGAGUCAAUCCCGCCCGUGUCACCCAGGGAGGUGCCCGGAGCUGUGCCCACACGGGGGCUGGGAGCGGCAGACGGGGGACGUGUGGCUGGUGGGCGAGUGUCAGCAGUGUAUCUGCACCCCAGAGGGGAACUACUGCCAGGACAUUGAAUGCAGAGUGAAUGGUGACUGGACGCCUUGGUCUCCGUGGUCUGAAUGUCCGGCCACAUGUGGUGCUGCUGUCCAAAUCCGGAGUCGUGCCUGUAUCAACCCUCCUCCACGUAACAAUGGCUCUGAAUGCGAAGGCCCGGACACCGAGAGGAGAAACUGUACCAGCCAGCACUGUGAGGGCAGCAGCCGGUGCGGCUGGUCGGAGUGGAGUCCGUGUUCACGGAGCUGCGGCACUGGAAUUAGCAGCCGGACAUGGCGGUGCGAUUGUCACGGUGCUGAAUCUUCGGAUGUGGAAUGUAAUGACGGGGAGCACGUGGAGACUGCGGCGUGUUACCUGCAGCCGUGUGAAGGAAGCUGCUUCUGGGGCCAGUGGAGUAAUUGGUCAGAAUGCUCCUGUCACUCCGCCCUCCAGCACCGCUACAGGGAGCCUCAAGGGCCAAAUGUCGACGCAUGUGACAAGCUG